GGAUAACGCGAUAACACUCAAAAUCGAACACCAAAACCCCUUACUCCCAAAACCCCAUUGAAAUUGUGAGUGUAUUACCAAAAACAUCAAAAUAAUAAUAAUCUGGAUAAUCUUUCUCCUCCAAAUUCAAUCUAAUUUUUGAAUUGGGUAUUUGAAAUAAUCAUUAAAAACCCAGAAAAAAUGGCAACAAUUUCUUCAAUUCUCCCAUGUCAUGGCCUACUUCAACACUCUUCAUCUUCUUCAAAACCCAAGUUUUCAUUACAAAAUUUGGUUCAAUUUCCCUCUUUUAAUCAUGGGUUUGGUCUAAAUUUCAAGCCCAUAAUUGCUGCAAAUCCGCCAUUGUUGAAGGUUCGAGCUGUUGUAGCUGAAGAAACUUCAUCUUCAUCUUCUGCACCAUCUUCUUCAGAUGGGGAAGAAGCUCGUAGAUUAUACAUUGGUAACAUUCCCAGAAAUCUCAAUAAUGAUGAACUUCGUAACAUUGUUGAAGAGCAUGGCGCCGUUGAGAUAACCGAGGUGAUGUAUGAUAAAUAUUCUGGAAGAAGCAGAAGGUUUGCUUUUGUGACAAUGAAGACUAUUGAAGAUGCAAAUGCAGUGAUCGAGAAGUUAAAUGACACAGAAAUUGGUGGGCGUAAAAUAAAAGUUAAUAUUACUGAGAAACCUUUGCAAGGUAUGGACAGGGCAGUGACCCAGGCAGAGGAUUCACAAUUUGUCGAGAGUCCCUAUAAAGUUUAUGUUGGUAAUCUUGCAAAGACAGUAACUAAUGAGUUGCUGAAGGAUUUCUUCUCAGAGAAGGGGAAUGUUCUCGGUGCAAAGGUUCAACGGACCCCAGGGACCUCCAAGUCUAGUGGUUUUGGGUUUGUUUGUUUCUCAUCGGAUGAGGAAGUAGAAGCUGCAAUUGAAGCUCUCAACAAUGCUGUUUUGGAAGGGCAAAAGAUACGCGUGAACAAAGCUUAGGUCAGGAGAGGGGCUUAAGCUGUUAGGAUGGGAAAUUCUAAGUUUUGUAUGUGCCAUUAAGCUCUUUUUCUUGAUUUAACUUCAUAACAAAGUUAAUCAGAAGAUUUGAAGAGUUUGUUCUUGACUGCUCGAGUCUGUAAGCUGAGGCUUUGUUGGUGCACUGGCUAAGUGGCCAGUUGGUCACCCCAAAUAGCUUAGUAGACAUAGUUAGUUUUCAGAUAUAACUAUUUUGCUCACAACUUUUAUUGUUGUCAUCAUCUUCAUCCGCAGCAUAAUAUAUUUGUUGUUUAUAUUUGCUUAAUUGGGAUUCCCUACUUCCAUAAUUCAUGCAUAAUUAUGCCA